UCCCGACAGCUCUUCAUUAAUUAACGCGAGCGCGCCGCGCGCGAAAUGGCCGCGUCGCGAGCAGACAAUCGCAGACGAGCCGCCGCGCACUUUCGCUCCGUUAAUUAUUCACGUGGCGGCACGACGUCCCGGGAGACAGAGUGUCGUCGUACUAACGCGCUUGCGCGCCCCAGCCGCCAAGUAACAAGUGGGAGGAGGCGAUCACAAUCGGAUGGCGAUGUCGUCGCCGGCCGGCCGAAAGUAUAUAUAAAGUCGAUGCGUGUGCCGCUUGCAUCGGAAGCCGGCGCCGAGGCUGCUGCCGUUGCCGCUGCGUGCGCGCUGCUCCUCCUCGGCUGCCUCUUUCUAGCCGCAGUUUCUUAUGUCGUACGGGCAGCGCGCGCGGCAGCUCGGCGCGCCGACUGACAGAUCAAGAGCGACGCAGCGAUUUGCGUUCGCGCCGCGCUUCGCUGCGGCCACGUGUGCACGUGUACGCGCGCGCGCGUGUGAGUGUGUGUACGUGUGGAGAGGCACAUUUUUCGAAAGUACAUGCACGGACACGCCAAGCCGUAUGGUACGCAAAGGUCGCGCGGCGAGCAAGCUCCCGGACAGAUAAGAUGUUGCCGUUGCAAAGGCUCCACGCGAUUCUCGCGCUGGCCAGUGUCGUUCUGAUGCGGCUCGGGGUUGCCGACGCCGCGACGACGCCUAUGCACAAAGUUCUGCUCACGCAACGAGGUUACAUACAGUUUCUCAGAUGGGAAAUGCCGCUGCCCGAAAUUCGCGAGUUUACGUAUUGCCUGUGGAUGAAGUCCGUCAACUACACCCUCAGGAAUUCCAUAUUCUCCUACUCACACAACGAAACCCAGAGACGAGUGAGCGCAUGGGUAUCGGCUUACGGUCAAAGCGUGCAUCUGGAAAUCGGCAGUGUCGAGGUAAUGGCGGUGCCGGUCAAUUUGCAGGAGCACAGGUGGUACCACUUGUGCCAAAGUUGGGACAGUCGGGACGGACAAUUCGCCCUCUGGAUCGACGCGCACGUCGUCGCUCACGGCUACGCCAAACAGAUGGCAGGUCACGUAAUACCAGCGAACGGGGACCCAGUAGUAGGUCAAGAGUACACGGACUUCGACAAAGGUCUCGAGGAAGGAAUCGAAGGUGCAGUUCUUGGUUUCAACUUACUUCUCGUCUCGGCGUUCGCGCCGAGAAGCCGAUCUAUUCUUCGAUCAGCGUCAUCCUACACCCCGUUCGGCUUCGUAUACGCCCCAAAAUAUUUCACGUCCAAUUUUUACAACUGGCCUACAAGCAAGAACAGGGGACGACAAGUCGUUCGUAAAGUCGAAUCGGAUCCUCUGAUUCCGGGCGAGACGAUCGGCGAAUAUCUCGUGCGUAUGACUUACGAGCACUGUCAGCGUGGUCGUGCAAGCCCGUUUAUCAAUCCAACGGUCAUGAUCAUCUCGUGGACGAGGACGCCGGUUAAAAUAUUCGGCGGGGCCGUCGUGAAAAACGCACUCGGCACCUGCGGUCAUUUCGGCUAAGAGUGCGCGUGCGCGCAUUGCGUCACGACAGUGCGCGCCUCAAUGCAAUCGUGCCAUCGACAAUGGAAGCAACUCAAAGUACAAAAACGAAAAAGCACGGACAGAAGGGCACUCGAUCCUCUUAUUGCGUCUUAUUAUUGCGCAAACGCACGCGGACGUAGAGAAAGAGAAAACUGGAGUUUGAGUGCACCACCCGCAAAUGCGAAUCUCAGGACAUCUCUCUCAUUCAAGUCCAUUGCAGCUAUUUCUCUUUCUCCCCGUGAAUAUCCGCACGUCUACGCAUACGUAUCGCUCGCUCGAGUGCAUUUCACACUUAUUUGCGCUUGACGAUCACCACGCGCGGCAUUGCCAAUAUCAAGCAUCCAUCAUCCCACAAGCGUAUAUCUCGGUAAGUUCUUCGUUUUUCUUUUCUUUCUUUUUUUCUUUUUUUUUUGUUUCCGAGCUUGCGUAACGGCUGUCUUUUUCUUGCUCGGAUUUUCUGCUGAUUUUUCACACGCAGCAACAAAAGCGGACAGUUUUUCUCGAACUCGCGUACGCUUAAAGGAGCCCUUGGAACCGACAUGUAUACAUAUUGCCUUUCACUAUCACACGCAUUUUUCGGCUUUCACUCUCUUACUCUGGCGACAAAAAGAAAUAGAGCAAAGUACGUGUAUGGAUGUCGAAAGGGCCAGGGUCAAGUCUUAUAAAAUCGACGCAAGUCAUCCGGCAAACAACACGCUUUUGCAAUUCCACAUUAUACGUAUGCGUUUUUUUUUUCUUUUUAUCCGCAUUGAAAACUGGUGCCUCGCUAACGUAGAAAUAAUUGUUUGAAAAAGUCACGAAAAGAAAUUGAUAUGUCGCGCGAAUGUGAAACUUUCUAAACUAGCCGGAUUUUUCAAAGUAAGUGUAAGGGAGCGCUCGGGAAUAUAUGUAUGUAUAUUCACACGCUUAUGUAAUUGGAAUGUAGGCAUGAGUCGCACGACCGUCAUUGUACGCGGCUUAUAGCUCUCGAGUGCUCUACAUUAUUCGUCACACACAUAUUAUUAGUUAUUUUGCUACUUACUUAAUUUCAUCAAAAUACUUUUCUAUUUUUUUUUUUUUAACUUAUAUACCUGUUAGAUUAUUCGCGCACGAAUGUAUCUCGGUAACAACAAUGAAUACAAAAUACGAUGGUCAUGAUAAGGUUACAUACGCUCUCGAAUAUAAUACACUCAUACAUCUACCGUGACGCCUUCGGUUGUAAGGAAAGCCAAGUAUUAUUAACUUGUA